AUGACGAUCAAUAAGCGUCAUCGAGGAUCCGUGGACUUGCACAACAAUAAUGCAAGGCGAUUGCCCAGUCUGCGGAAAGGAGAUGGGGAAGAAUGUGAGAAAGGCACGAGUGUAAUGCAGUGCCCAGAAUGCGAGUAUCAGUUGAAGGACCAUAGAGAGCUUGUGAAGCACUUUGAUGAUUUUCAUGCCGAUCGAGCUGGAGCGUACACUAUUGAAUCUAGGACUUUUACCGACUACACUUCGUUCAAGGUAUGGAAAGAGAAAUUAGAAGAGGAGUGCGUAACAAGGUUUGCAACUAUUUCAAGGAACAUUGGCCAAGAGUGUACGAUCACCUACUUCCGGGUGCGAAACGAAAAGGAGAAGUUCGCGUGGAUGGACGCCACAUCUGAAGCCGACAUUGUGUCGCUUUUGAAGGAGGGCUUCAAAAACGAGCAGAUUUUGAAGAAAGUGAGAGAGACUGCAGAUGUGCAGACGCGGCUCUUCUACACUACGAGUAGGGAUAUAGGACCAUCGCCAUCAGAAACAAGGUGGAUCCAGCGCAUAGACACAACGUCGACGUGGAUUCGCAGUCAAUGGAAGUGGGGAGGAGUUUGCAUUAAUUUCAUUGAUGUCUUCUGA